AUGGCCGGGGCCUCAGUGAAGGUGGCGGUGCGCGUCCGCCCCUUCAAUUCCCGGGAAAUGAGCCGUGACUCCAAGUGCAUCAUCCAGAUGUCCGGAAGCACCACCACCAUCGUUAACCCCAAACAGCCCAAGGAGACGCCCAAAAGCUUCAGCUUCGACUACUCCUACUGGUCGCACACCUCGCCCGAGGACAUCAACUAUGCGUCGCAGAAGCAGGUGUACCAGGACAUCGGCGAGGAGAUGCUGCAGCACGCCUUUGAGGGCUACAACGUCUGCAUCUUCGCCUACGGCCAGACUGGGGCCGGCAAGUCCUAUACCAUGAUGGGCAAGCAGGAGAAGGACCAGCAGGGCAUCAUCCCGCAGCUUUGUGAGGACCUGUUUUCCCGCAUCAAUGACACGACCAACGACAACAUGUCCUACUCCGUGGAGGUCAGCUACAUGGAGAUCUACUGUGAGCGUGUCCGCGACCUCCUGAACCCCAAGAACAAGGGCAACCUGCGUGUGAGGGAGCACCCGCUGCUGGGGCCGUACGUGGAGGACCUCUCCAAGCUGGCCGUCACCUCCUACAAUGACAUCCAGGACCUCAUGGACUCAGGGAACAAGGCCAGGACGGUGGCAGCCACGAACAUGAAUGAGACCAGCAGCCGCUCCCACGCUGUCUUCAACAUCAUCUUCACUCAGAAGCGCCACGAUGCGGAGACCGACAUCACCACGGAGAAAGUGAGCAAAAUCAGCCUAGUGGACUUGGCUGGGAGUGAGCGCGCUGACUCCACAGGAGCGAAGGGCACGCGGCUCAAGGAGGGAGCCAAUAUCAACAAGUCCUUGACUACACUGGGCAAGGUCAUCUCUGCUCUGGCUGAAAUGGACUCUGGACCCAAUAAGAACAAGAAAAAGAAGAAGACAGAUUUCAUUCCGUACCGAGAUUCUGUGCUGACCUGGCUCCUCAGGGAAAACCUGGGUGGGAACUCGAGGACAGCGAUGGUGGCAGCCCUGAGCCCCGCAGACAUCAACUACGACGAGACCCUGAGCACGCUGAGGUACGCGGACCGGGCUAAGCAGAUCCGCUGUAAUGCCGUCAUCAAUGAGGACCCCAACAACAAACUGAUCCGUGAGCUGAAGGAUGAGGUGACUCGGCUGCGGGACCUGCUGUACGCCCAGGGUCUUGGGGACAUCACCGACAUUACCAACGCCCUGGUGGGCAUGAGCCCCUCAUCCUCGCUCUCGGCCCUGUCCAGCCGCGCGGCCUCUGUAUCCAGUCUGCACGAGCGCCUCUUGUUUGCCCCGGGCAGUGAGGAGGCCAUCGAAAGGCUGAAGGAGACAGAGAAGAUCAUAGCCGAACUCAACGAGACCUGGGAGGAAAAGCUUCGGCGGACGGAAGCCAUCCGGAUGGAGAGGGAAGCCCUGCUGGCCGAGAUGGGCGUGGCCAUGAGGGAGGAUGGCGGCACUCUGGGAGUGUUCUCUCCCAAAAAGACGCCGCAUCUUGUCAACCUGAACGAGGACCCGCUGAUGUCUGAGUGCCUCCUCUACUACAUCAAGGAUGGGCUCACCAGAGUGGGCCGUGAGGACGGGGAGAGGCGGCAGGACAUCGUCCUGAGCGGGCACUUCAUCAAGGAGGAGCACUGUGUCUUCCGGAGCGACUCCAGAGGCGGCAGCGAAGCCGUGGUGACCCUGGAGCCCUGUGAGGGGGCAGACACCUACGUCAAUGGCAAGAAAGUCACGGAGCCCAGCAUCCUGCGGUCAGGAAACCGCAUCAUCAUGGGAAAGAGCCAUGUGUUCCGGUUCAACCACCCUGAGCAGGCGCGGCAGGAGCGCGAGCGCACGCCCUGCGCAGAGACGCCCUCAGAGCCUGUGGACUGGGCCUUCGCCCAGCGCGAGCUGCUGGAGAAGCAGGGCAUCGACAUGAAGCAGGAGAUGGAGCAGAGGCUUCAGGAGCUCGAGGACCAGUACCGCCGGGAGCGGGAGGAGGCCACCUACCUGCUGGAGCAGCAAAGGCUGGACUAUGAGAGCAAGCUGGAGGCCCUGCAGAAGCAGAUGGAGUCCAGAUACUUCCCAGAGGUGAACGAGGAGGAGGAAGAGCCAGAGGACGAAGUCCCGUGGACGGAGAGGGAGUGCGAGCUGGCACUGUGGGCCUUCCGGAAGUGGAGGUGGUACCAGUUCACGUCGCUGCGGGACCAGCUCUGGGGCAACGCUAUCUUCCUCAAGGAGGCCAACGCCAUCAGCGUGGAGCUCAAGAAGAAGGUCCAGUUCCAGUUUGUCCUCCUCACGGACACACUCUACUCCCCACUGCCACCCGACCUGCUGCCCCCAGAAGCUGCCAAAGACCGAGAGACGCGCCCCUUCCCCCGCACCAUCGUGGCUGUGGAGGUGCAGGACCAGAAGAACGGGGCCACCCACUACUGGACGCUGGAGAAGCUCAGGCAGCGCCUGGACCUGAUGCGGGAGAUGUAUGACCGGGCAGCCGAGGUGCCCUCCAGCGUCAUCGAGGACUGUGACAACGUGGUGACUGGCGGAGACCCCUUCUACGACCGGUUCCCCUGGUUCCGGCUGGUGGGCAGGGCCUUCGUGUACCUGAGCAACCUGCUGUACCCCGUGCCCCUGGUGCACCGAGUGGCCAUCGUCAGCGAGAAGGGCGAGGUGAAGGGCUUUCUCCGUGUGGCCGUGCAGGCCAUCUCAGCCGAUGAAGAGGCCCCUGAUUAUGGCUCGGGUGUCCGCCAGUCAGGAACAGCCAAAAUCUCCUUUGAUGACCAGCAUUUUGAAAAGUUCCAGUCCGAGUCCUGCCCUGUGGUGGGGAUGUCUCGUUCUGGGACCUCCCAGGAAGAGCUGCGCAUUGUGGAAGGCCAGGGCCAGGGCGCCGACGCGGGGCCCUCCGCCGACGAGGUCAACAACAACACCUGCUCCGCCCUGCCUCCGGAAGGCCUCCUCCUCGACAGCCCUGAGAAGGCCACCCUGGACGGGCCCCUGGAUGCCGCCCUGGACCACCUGCGCCUGGGCAGCACCUUCACCUUCCGUGUGACCGUCCUGCAGGCGUCCAGCAUCUCGGCGGAGUACGCCGACAUCUUCUGCCAGUUCAACUUCAUCCAUCGCCAUGAUGAGGCCUUCUCCACGGAGCCCCUGAAGAACACGGGGAGGGGCCCCCCACUUGGCUUCUACCACGUCCAGAAUAUUGCCGUGGAGGUGACCAAGUCCUUCAUCGAAUACAUCAAGAGCCAGCCCAUCGUGUUCGAGGUCUUCGGCCACUACCAGCAGCACCCAUUCCCUCCCCUCUGCAAGGACGUGCUCAGCCCCCUGAGACCCUCACGCCGCCAUUUCCCACGGGUCAUGCCACUGUCCAAGCCAGUGCCCGCCACCAAGCUCAGCACGCUGACACGGUCCUGCCCUGGGCCACGCCACUGCAAAUACGACCUGCUGGUCCACUUUGAGAUCUGUGAGCUGGAGGCCGAUGGCGAUUACAUCCCUGCAGUGGUGGACCACCGUGGCGGCAUGCCGUGCAUGGGGACCUUCCUGCUCCACCAGGGCAUCCAGAGACGGAUAACCGUGACGCUGCUGCACGAGACGGGCAGCCAUAUCCGCUGGAAGGAAGUGCGAGAGCUAGUCGUGGGUCGCAUCCGAAACACCCCAGAGACAGACGAGUCCCUGAUUGACCCCAACAUCUUAUCUCUCAACAUUCUCUCGUCUGGGUACAUCCACCCGGCCCAGGAUGACCGGACCUUUUACCAGUUCGAGGCUGCGUGGGACAGCUCCAUGCACAACUCCCUCCUGCUGAACCGCGUCACCCCGUACCGGGAGAAGAUCUACAUGACCGUCUCUGCUUACAUUGAGAUGGAGAACUGUGCCCAGCCGGCCGUCAUCACCAAGGACUUCUGCAUGGUCUUCUACUCCCGAGACGCCAAGCUGCCCGCCUCACGCUCCAUCCGAAACCUGUUUGGCAGCGGGAGCCUGCGGGCCUCGGAGAGCAACCGUGUGACCGGUGUAUAUGACCUCAGCCUGUGCCAUGUGGCCGAUGCAGGCAGCCCAGGGAUGCAGCGACGGCGCCGUCGGGUGCUGGACACGUCUGUGGCCUACGUGCGGGGUGAGGAGAACCUGGCGGGCUGGAGGCCCCGCAGUGACAGCCUGAUCCUGGAUCACCAGUGGGAGCUGGAGAAGCUGAGCCUGCUGCAGGAGGUCGAGAAGACCAGGCACUACCUGCUGCUGCGGGAGAAGCUGGAGACCACCCAGCGGCCCGUCCCCGAGACGCUGUCCCCGGCCUCCAGCGAGGACUCCGAGUCCCGCAGCUUGUCCAGCGCCUCCUCUCCUGAUGGCCGACCAUCGCCCCUGGAAACUCCCAACGAGAGGCAGAGGGAGCUGGCCGUCAAGUGUUUGCGCCUCCUCACGCACACGUUCAACAGAGAGUACACACACAGCCACGUCUGCAUCAGCGCUAGCGAGAGCAAGCUCUCUGAGAUGUCCGUCACACUGCUGCAGGACACGUCCCUGUCCCCUCUGGGGGUGGCCACACUCACUCCCUCCUCCACCUGUCCCUCUCUGGUCGAAGGGCGGUAUGGAGCAGCCGACCUGAGGAGCCUGCAGCCCACCUCCCGGCCGGCCAGCCCGGAGCCCGAGAGUGUGCCGGAGGCCGAUUCCAAGAAGGUCCUCUCCCCUGCUCGGGCCACGGAAUCGGACAAGGAGCCCCAGCGCCUGCUGGUUCCCGACAUCCAGGAGGUCCGGGUCAGCCCCAUCGUCUCCAAGAAAGGCUACCUGCACUUCCUGGAGCCGCACACGGCCGGCUGGGCCAAGCGCUACGUGGUGGUGCGGCGGCCUUACGCCUACAUGUACAACAACGACAAGGACACCGUAGAGAGGUUUGUGCUCAACCUCUCCACCGCCCAGGUGGAGUACAGCGAGGACCAGCAGGCCAUGCUCAAGACGCCCCACACUUUCGCUGUGUGCACGGAACACCGCGGCAUCCUGCUGCAGGCCAGUAGCGACAAGGACAUGCACGACUGGCUCUACGCAUUCAACCCGCUCCUGGCCGGGACCAUACGGUCCAAGCUUUCCAGAAGGAGGUCUGCCCAGAUGCGGGUCUGA